CGGGCGAAUUUUCCGUUAUAAUAGUACUGGAUCGUCAGUCGCCGGUCUAGAGAAGGCAAUGAAGGAGGCGUUCGCAGAGGAGAAAACGGGUCGGAGCCUGACAUUAAAGGACACUCUGAAGCCGGUUUUGAUUCCCUGCUACGACCUUUCAAGUCGGGCCCCGUUUCUGUUCUCUCGGGCCGACGCGCUUGAGUCGGACAGCUUCGACUUCCGGCUAUGGGAAGUAUGCAGAGCGACGUCGGCAGAAGCGGGAGUGUUCGGGCCGGUUCCGAUGAGGUCAGUGGACGGGUCGACCCGGUGCUUGGCCGUGGACGGCGGAGUUGCCAUGAGCAACCCGACGGCUGCGGCCAUCACUCACGUGCUACACAACAAAGAAGAGUUCCCUCUGGUGAGAGGAUUGGAGGACAUUCUGGUACUUUCAUUGGGGACGGGUCAACUUCUAGAAGGUUGCAGUUUACCAUGCGAGCAAGUGAAGGAAUGGAAGGGAAAUGAGUGGGCCCGGAUCUCCGGCGAUUGCUCGGCGGAUUUAGUUGACCACGCCGUAGCCAUGGCGUUCGGACAGUCCCGAAGCUCCAAUUACGUCCGCAUUCAGGCGAAUGGAUCUAGCGUUGAUGGCGGGGUGUGCUUAGACACGGACCCUGGUCCGAACAACGUGAGGAAGCUGGUUCGGAUGGCAGAUGAAAUGCUUUUACAGAAAAAUGUAGAAUCUGUUCUGUUUGGGGGGAAGAGGAUUGGAGAAGAAAGCAAUUCCCAGAAACUUGAUUGGCUUGCUGGAGAACUUGUGGAAGAGCAGCAAAGGAGGAGGAUUAGCGGAUUAUCCCCCAUUGUUUCCAUCAAGAAAGCUGCUCCUCCAACAAACAGAAACAGCUCUUGAAUAUUAUCAAAUAUUGAAACGAAGAAAGGAAUGGCAGUGCAGGUGAGAAAAGGUAAAUCUGAAGGAGGAAGAGUGGUAAACCUGCAGCUUUAACUUUUGCUAGAGUGAGAUUUGAAAAGGACAUCCAACUGUAAAAAUUAUCUUGUUGGGCUUUCUUGUCUGCCUAAUGGAGUGGCAUUUGAACCAUUUUGUGGACAAAACCACUUUGGAAAGUCAAAGUAUAGUGAUCCCUAUUGUAAUCCUUAGGUAUUAGGGGAAUUAUGUCUCUAAAAUCUGUUUUCCCACCUCUUUCAUUUUUACUUUUGAAUGUGCUCAUGCGUAGGGCGGUUUAAUCAAGUUGGACGGAGUCUGAGAAUUCAAGGCACGAAAGUCUACCUAGAAUUAAAAAUUUAUGCUCAACAAACUAAUUUCCAAAUUGGCAUUCCACUCAUAUAAUAUAGACCCAUUCAAUAACACGGAAAGGACAAGUCUGCACUCUGAGGAUCCAGAAAUUUUCUGAGGGCACUAUCCUAUGGAUGGGAAUGGAUCGGAUCGGGUCCAAUGUAAUACGAAGUACAUAGUACUAGUCUAUCCUGUUUAGUUUGUUCAAAUUAUUAUUUUUAAUCGGAAAUAAUUUAUUCAAUUGGUCUCAAAUGAUGUACAUCUAUGAUUAUAAGUCUAGUUUUGAUUUCAUUAAGACGAUUCCAAGCAAUAAUAUUUAUAUUUGUGAAAGGACAUUAUUCGAUUAGAAAUGAAUCAUCCUUGCACUGUCGUC